AUGAGGUGUGACGACCGCACCUUCUCCUCCACGCACCGGUUGUACAUGCUGGCGGCGGCGCUGUCCAUCUCACCAGGUCUGCUGCUGCGCUACACGGCCGAGGUGCGGCGCCGCGGGGCUUAUCAGCACCAGCGCAGCGUUGACGAGCAAUCACAGCAGCACCCGCAGCCACCCAGUGGUACUGGUGGCCAGUUUCGGAGAGAUAGCCGCGCCUGUGGAUCUUCAGAGCAAGCUGAGACGAGCGUCACGAGUAGCACAGAGCUGACACAGGAGUUCCCGCCGCCGCUGCACGCUAUUCUCUGCGCCCUAGUGCUGCCGUUUACGAAUUUGGAGACCUCCUUGCCGUCGUCAGCAGCGGCAGUUCUGAAAGAAGGAGAAGCCAAACUGCCAGCUCAGAAGAAAGACAGCAAGAGCAAGAAGGAGCCGCCACACGAGGUGCUGUCGCCAGUCUCAAAGGAUGGGAAGUUGGGGCGGACUGUGCCCACCAAUAUGCAAGAACACUUUGCAUCGUUGAAGGGGAGCAUAGCGUCGCGAAGGAUAAAGAGCGGCCGCCCAAGAAGCGGCAGUGUGAGUAGUACUGAAAUUCAUGAUGGCAGUAGUGCUGAUGAUGAUGAUGGAGACUCUUCCACAUCAGUCUCUUCAACAUCCGAGGUGGCGGGGAAGGGGUGUAGUGGUAUUGAAGAAGCAGCGGUAGUUGGACCGAAGCGCCACAGUCGCUGCGAAGACUAUUACCGCGGGGUGCCGGCAGAGGUACAGGAAGUGAGCACUGCUAAACUCUUGGCGGAACUCGCGGAUCCCAUCCUCGCGGCCAAGGCCCACGCCGCCGGCAGCAGUAACAACAACAACAACAACAGCAACAGCGGCAAUGAUGCCGAUACAAAGGCGGAGCUGCAGCAAAGCAUACAGCUCCUUCCGCGGGAGCUGCACACUGCUGCAGGAGUGGCGCGGCUCAACGAGCUGUACCCCCCGUUUCUGCCGCUACUUCUGGAGGCACUGCUAAAGGAGUGUGUCCACGGCGACGCCAUGGGCCUUGCCGCCAGGCGUGUAGUAGUGCGGCUGACGGAACUGGCAGCACCCAUUUUCGUCUUGCAGCAGACACGGCGGAGCAGCAACGCAUCUACAAGCACACAGGCUGAUAUGGAGGUGACACUCCACGCCAUGACACUGCGCGCCUCUCAGCGCCUCACAACGACGGCAAUAUCGCUUUUUGACGUCAUUGACGACCCAGUGUGGGCGCUGAACCUCUGCGGCUCGCUCAUCGCCGGCCAGCUGCUGCACCCGAGCGCGCCGCGGGCCGUUAUGUGUCGCCGUGCCCUCGACCUGGCUAAGAUGCCCCAGCUCUGGAGGCCGAGCGUCGCGCUCGCCUACGCCCUCGUAACGCACCACAGCCUGCACGCCGCAGUGCGGGCGGAGGAGGAGUUGCGCGCGCAGCGGAGAAUGGCGGAGCUGCUGCCGCUGUCGGACGCAACAAGCGCCGUGGCCAACGGAAGUGCAGCAGGGGAGCCACCGUCGCAGAUGCCGAGUGGGGGAGAAGCAGAUUCCUCCGCCGGUCCUUCCUCCCCGGUGGCGGUGCCGCCAAGUUUUGUUCAGCCCCUGCAGCAGCAGCAUCAACGCAACGCACACCUGCAGGAAACCCUUAGCAGCGCUCGAUGUGGAUCCGCCGGAGCGUCAGCUGUGGACGAGGCCCCGCUUGCCACAGGACGCUCCGUCGCCUCGAUGGGACGCGCGGCGUCCUUAUCCUCAUCCUUCCGAACGACGGUGUUGCUACAGCCACUAUUCAGCGGCACUGACAUUUCCGCUGGCGGUGGGGCACUGCAGUGGCGCUUCCCUGAUAAGGUGCCACCCACGGUGACGAUGCCAAACACCAUUGUGAUGACAUGCAUGAUCCUUUGUGCGGGGCCGCUGAGUCAGCACACGGUCGUGACUUUGGGGCAGUGGUGCCUCCGCUCGCUCAGUGUUCUGCCAGCCACACCUUCCGCAGUGGGGCUCACGCACCUCAUGCUGAAGUACCCGCAGUUCCUGGAAAAGGCGACGCUGCGCUUGUCGUCCUUGUCACAAACCUCCUCAUCUUCACCCUUGGCCUUUGCCAUUGGUGGUGGUGGAGGUAGUGGCGGUAGCAGCAGCAGCCAUGUAACGACGCCUUUUUGUAACGCUGUCUUCAUGGAGGGGUGCCAGAUCGCAAAUAAGGUGAUGAAGCGGCAGACAAAGUGGCGUAGUGACGGUCGCCUGGCCCUCGUCUGGCAGAGUGAUGGCGAGCUGAAUGACAAUGUGAAUGCAGAUGUCUCUGGUGGAAUGGGCAGCGUAAGUGAUAAGGCCGUGCUUAACGAACUGUAUGAGGUGCAAUGCUAUCUUGUUAUGAUGCUGGAGGCACUUGUGAUGCGACGCGGCACACAGCUCUCUUCGGAGGCACAGGAUGAGUUGGCUUCUCUGUUUCAGACCGUUGCCCGAUUGCGUGUCACCGUUGGUUUGUGUAAUGGAACUGCAAAUACUUCUGAGCGCGCCAACAACAAGGAUAAUGGUGAAGGGGCUAAUUGGAAUAUGGGCCGCGGGGAAUAUGAUGACAGAUUGCCGCAGCUAGUCAUGAAGCUUGUGGACGAGUCAUUCCGGGUUGUGGCGCGUGCGGUGGAUGUUGUCUUGCAUGACUAUGAUGCGGGUUCUCCACGCCGACUGUGUGAGGGGUUGGUGCUUCUUCUUCCGCCUCAUAACACAUUGUUUGCGGAGUUGCGGCGUCUUGGGGUGUGGGAGCAGCACCUCGACUGCCUGGAAACAGUGCAGGCAGCAGCAGAGGCGUUUCGCGACGCUCUACGGCCGUCGUCGGCGCGCCAGUCAUCAAGCGCCUACCAGAAACUUCAGGAGCAGCAGGUCGAUAUGUCAUCAGCCACUACUGUCUACCAGGGAAGAGCGCUUCCACGCCCUGUCUCGUUGCUGAAGCUGCAGGAGGAGCUGGCGGUGCAGGCAAAAAGACUCGUUGGGACAGCAGCAGCAGCAACACGCAGCAGUGCGGAGGUGAUGUUUGGCUCGUUGAUUGGCGUGUUGCCCAGCUCCGGCGAGCCACUUCGUCUUGCCGCCGACAACGGCGGUGGACUAACCGCUGCCCAGCGGCAGUGGUGGGUGCGGCACAUGGUUGUGUAUCUCGUGGAGGAGUGGUGGCGCAGCCGCGUGGCGCAACCUGCGCGGUUCUUUAUGUGGGACGAUGAUGAUGAUGCGAGGUGCGGCGGUGCUGUUGGUGAUGCGUCGCCCACCGCGGGGAUGCGGGAAAGUUUUAUUGAAUGCUGUGCGUAUCCCAUAUAA